AUGGACACCUGUGAGGAGGAUCGCUUCUCAGGCGGCGGGGGCGGGGGAGGGGAGGAGGAGGGGGGGAGAGAGAGGACAGACUGUCUCAAACGCCGAGGCGGAGACCGAAGGAGGCAAGGAGAAGAGGGCAAGGAGAAGAGGGCAAGGAGAAGAGGGCAAGGAGAAGAGGGCAAGGAGAAGAGGGCAAGGAGAAGAGGGCAAGGAGAAGAGGGCAAGGAGAAGAGGGCAAGGAGAAGAGGGCAAGGAGAAGAGGGCAAGGAGAAGAGGGCAAGGAGAAGAGGGCAAGGAGAAGAGGGCAAGGAGAAGAGGGCAAGGAGAAGAGGGCAAGGAGAAGAGGGCAAGGACAAGAGGGCAAGGACAAGAGGGCAAGGACAAGAGGGCAAGGACAAGAGGGCAAGGACAAGAGGGCAAGGACAAGAGGGCAAGGACAAGAGGGCAAGGACAAGAGGGCAAGGACAAGAGGGCAAGGACAAGAGGGCAAGGACAAGAGGGCAAGGACAAGAGGGCAAGGACAAGAGGGCAAGGACAAGAGGGCAAGGACAAGAGGGCAAGGACAAGAGGGCAAGGACAAGAGGGCAAGGACAAGAGGGCAAGGAGAAGAAGGCAAGGAGAAGAAGGCAAGGAGAAGAAGGCAAGGAGAAGAAGGCAAGGAGAAGAAGGCAAGGAGAAGAAGGCAAGGAGAAGAAGGCAAGGAGAAGAAGGCAAGGAGAAGAAGGCAAGGAGAAGAAGGCAAGGAGAAGAAGGCAAGGAGAAGAAGGCAAGGAGAAGAAGGCAAGGAGAAGAAGGCAAGGAGAAGAAGGCAAGGAGAAGAAGGCAAGGAGAAGAAGGCAAGGAGAAGAAGGCAAGGAGAAGAAGGCAAGGAGAAGAAGGCAAGGAGAAGAAGGCAAGGAGAAGAAGGCAAGGAGAAGAAGGCAAGGAGAAGAAGGCAAGGAGAAGAAGGCAAGGAGAAGAAGGCAAGGAGAAGAAGGCAAGGAGAAGAAGGCAAGGAGAAGAAGGCAAGGAGAAGAAGGCAAGGAGAAGAAGGCAAGGAGAAGAAGGCAAGGAGAAGAAGGCAAGGAGAAGAAGGCAAGGAGAAGAAGGCAAGGAGAAGAAGGCAAGGAGAAGAAGGCAAGGAGAAGAAGGCAAGGAGAAGAAGGCAAGGAGAAGAAGGCAAGGAGAAGAAGGCAAGGAGAAGAAGGCAAGGAGAAGAAGGCAAGGAGAAGAAGGCAAGGAGAAGAAGGCAAGGAGAAGAAGGCAAGGAGAAGAAGGCAAGGAGAAGAAGGCAAGGAGAAGAAGGCAAGGAGAAGAAGGCAAGGAGAAGAAGGCAAGGAGAAGAAGGCAAGGAGAAGAAGGCAAGGAGAAGAAGGCAAGGAGAAGAAGGCAAGGAGAAGAAGGCAAGGAGAAGAAGGCAAGGAGAAGAAGGCAAGGAGAAGAAGGCAAGGAGAAGAAGGCAAGGAGAAGAAGGCAAGGAGAAGAAGGCAAGGAGAAGAAGGCAAGGAGAAGAAGGCAAGGAGAAGAAGGCAAGGAGAAGAAGGCAAGGAGAAGAAGGCAAGGAGAAGAAGGCAAGGAGAAGAAGGCAAGGAGAAGAAGGCAAGGAGAAGAAGGCAAGGAGAAGAAGGCAAGGAGAAGAAGGCAAGGAGAAGAAGGCAAGGAGAAGAAGGCAAGGAGAAGAAGGCAAGGAGAAGAAGGCAAGGAGAAGAAGGCAAGGAGAAGAAGGCAAGGAGAAGAAGGCAAGGAGAAGAAGGCAAGGAGAAGAAGGCAAGGAGAAGAAGGCAAGGAGAAGAAGGCAAGGAGAAGAAGGCAAGGAGAAGAAGGCAAGGAGAAGAAGGCAAGGAGAAGAAGGCAAGGAGAAGAAGGCAAGGAGAAGAAGGCAAGGAGAAGAAGGCAAGGAGAAGAAGGCAAGGAGAAGAAGGCAAGGAGAAGAAGGCAAGGAGAAGAAGGCAAGGAGAAGAAGGCAAGGAGAAGAAGGCAAGGAGAAGAAGGCAAGGAGAAGAAGGCAAGGAGAAGAAGGCAAGGAGAAGAAGGCAAGGAGAAGAAGGCAAGGAGAAGAAGGCAAGGAGAAGAAGGCAAGGAGAAGAAGGCAAGGAGAAGAAGGCAAGGAGAAGAAGGCAAGGAGAAGAAGGCAAGGAGAAGAAGGCAAGGAGAAGAAGGCAAGGAGAAGAAGGCAAGGAGAAGAAGGCAAGGAGAAGAAGGCAAGGAGAAGAAGGCAAGGAGAAGAAGGCAAGGAGAAGAAGGCAAGGAGAAGAAGGCAAGGAGAAGAAGGCAAGGAGAAGAAGGCAAGGAGAAGAAGGCAAGGAGAAGAAGGCAAGGAGAAGAAGGCAAGGAGAAGAAGGCAAGGAGAAGAAGGCAAGGAGAAGAAGGCAAGGAGAAGAAGGCAAGGAGAAGAAGGCAAGGAGAAGAAGGCAAGGAGAAGAAGGCAAGGAGAAGAAGGCAAGGAGAAGAAGGCAAGGAGAAGAAGGCAAGGAGAAGAAGGCAAGGAGAAGAAGGCAAGGAGAAGAAGGCAAGGAGAAGAAGGCAAGGAGAAGAAGGCAAGGAGAAGAAGGCAAGGAGAAGAAGGCAAGGAGAAGAAGGCAAGGAGAAGAAGGCAAGGAGAAGAAGGCAAGGAGAAGAAGGCAAGGAGAAGAAGGCAAGGAGAAGAAGGCAAGGAGAAGAAGGCAAGGAGAAGAAGGCAAGGAGAAGAAGGCAAGGAGAAGAAGGCAAGGAGAAGAAGGCAAGGAGAAGAAGGCAAGGAGAAGAAGGCAAGGAGAAGAAGGCAAGGAGAAGAAGGCAAGGAGAAGAAGGCAAGGAGAAGAAGGCAAGGAGAAGAAGGCAAGGAGAAGAAGGCAAGGAGAAGAAGGCAAGGAGAAGAAGGCAAGGAGAAGAAGGCAAGGAGAAGAAGGCAAGGAGAAGAAGGCAAGGAGAAGAAGGCAAGGAGAAGAAGGCAAGGAGAAGAAGGCAAGGAGAAGAAGGCAAGGAGAAGAAGGCAAGGAGAAGAAGGCAAGGAGAAGAAGGCAAGGAGAAGAAGGCAAGGAGAAGAAGGCAAGGAGAAGAAGGCAAGGAGAAGAAGGCAAGGAGAAGAAGGCAAGGAGAAGAAGACAAUGA